AUGUUAUUCAGAAUCUUGGUUUCAAUCUACAUUUUCACAUUAGCCGCUUUAGUCCCAAUUCUUGGUUCAUUAGCUUUUGUUGGGACAUCUUCAAAAGAUACAAAUUCUAGCUUCACCAAAGAUAUUUAUACUUUCAAGUUUGAUUUCAGAAAUGUUUCAUUUUCAAGAUUCAUAGGCCCAAACAAAUAUUUUUGGAAUAUAACAAAUCAUUUGACCCUUGAAGAAUCAGGUCUCAGUCAGAUCUAUACCUUUGGGUUGAGAAGUUAUUGUAAAGGUGAUGUGGUUGAUGGUGUUUAUAUUCAAACUUACUGUUCAGGAACUCAAAAGUUGGGUGAUUCAACGAUAGAUGAAUUGAACCCAUAUACUAUUUUUUAUCAAGAUCUUCAAAAUGCAGAAAACAGCCUGUUAAAUGAGAAUAGAACUUAUGAAUUGGAGUUCCCAUUGCGUGCUCGCUAUUUUGGGAAUGCUUAUUAUAGAAGAAGUUUGAAAGUUAGUGCUUAUGGAAUUUUAGUGGGUAUUGUUCUCUCAGGAGCUGCGCUAGUUCUCUUUGCUAUCCCAAUGUUUUAUUGGAAGUGGAGGUUCUUUUACAUCUAUGCCUAUGUGUUAUCAAUAGGGUCUUUAGCCGUUUUACUAGCUGGUGGAGGUGUUGCUACGAAGCUAUGGGCUGAUGCUAAAGAUGCGUUCAGAAUAGGCAGUGGUAUCUACAGGAUCAGAGGUAAUUGGGGUAAUGGUACUUUUUGGAAAUUGUUAUGGUUGGCGAUUAGCAUUCAAGUUACUCUAUUGUUCACGAUACUCAUAAUAAUGUGUUGUGCAAACCCUGAUACCUACGAUGUGACUCAAAAUGAAAAGAAUGAAAAGAAGCACUCUAAUGGGGCUAAAAAAGCGAAUAAAAGAGCAAAGGGAAAUAACCACUCGUUCAACAACGAGAAAUCUAGUUGGCUAUUUUCAAAAAAGAAUCGAUCCGUACAGAAAUCAAAUAACCUGAUCCAAUAUGAUGUUUAG